AUGUCAUCUCUCACUCGACUUUCCCUCCGAAUGGGUUCCUCAUCAGGUCCUUCCUCUAAAAUCACCGUAACAGCCGCCAACAGAUUAUCGAAUAUCUCUCGACACUUGAGCAGUUCUUCUUCUUCAUCUUCUUCCCAAGCUAGUAAUAAAGCGACUCAAGGUAGCACAUCUGCCAAAAUGACUUCUCCUCAUGAGGAUUUGGUUUUAUUUGAAUCGCAUCAAAGUGCUCGAAUGUACAAGCUCAACAGAUCAGCUAAAUUGAAUUCGCUGAAUCAGGAGAUGAUUGAUCUUUUGUCCAAGAAAAUCAGAAAUUGGCGAGAAUUGGAAUCAUGUAAAGUUAUCAUUGGAACAGGUGACCAGCGAGCUUUCUGUGCAGGAGGGGAUGUCAAACAACUCGUACUGGAUUUGAAAGAAGGAAAAGAUACAGCAUUACCAUUCUUUAAAUCCGAGUUUGAACUCAAUUGGACAUUGGGUCGAUUGGGUAAACCUUAUGUAGCUGUAAUCGACGGUGUGACAAUGGGCGGUGGUGCCGGACUCUCACUUCCUGCAACGAUCCGGAUCGCAACUCCUAAAACAGUCUUCGCCAUGCCAGAAACCAAAAUUGGAUACGCACCCGAUGUCGGAGCCAAUUACUACUUGGCUCAAUUAGAUGGGUCUAUUGGAGCUUGGUUAGCUGUUACAGGUCAAGAAUUAUAUGGUAGAGCCGUUUAUGACUUGGGCAUCGCGACACACUAUGUUACACCUAAUCUAUUACCUACGAUAAUCAAUGAAAUCACACAACUUGAAUCACCUAGCCAUUCUCAAAUCUCAACUCUGAUUUCUUCAUAUACUGCCACCCCCUCGUCCAAUUCCGAACCAUCCUCAAAGACCUCUCCUGACGGUCCAUCACCUAUCAAAGGGGAGAUCCGGGACUUUUUAGACAAGACAUUCGGUCUCAAAUCUAUCUCUGAGAUAGAUGCCGCUCUGACAAAGGCUCAAAAAGAUGAUAAAUUAAGUGAAGAAGUCAAAACAUGGGCCAAAACCCAACAAGAUCUUAUCACCCAAAGAAGUCCUACAAGUACGGCGGUAGCUUUAGCAGGAUAUAGAAAAGCGAAAGAAUCAAGAAGAUUAGAUAGAACUUUAUUGAAUGAUAUAUCAAUGGCAACUGCCUUCGCUGGACCUAAAAGAGCUACAGAGGAUUUCAUCAAAGGAGUAUCGUCUGUUCUUAUAGAUAGAAAACCAAAUCCUGAAUGGAUCCCAUCUUCCCUUUCCGAUUCUAAACUAUCUUCAAAUGAAAUAACCAAAAACUUCUUUUCAACUACACCCUCAUCUGAUCAACCUGAGUUGCGAUUCAAUCCUGCAUCAGCAUCAAAACUUGAUUCUGGCAGAGAUUCAACUUGGGGUCAAUUCCGUAAAUAUGGAUUACCAUCGGAGGAUAAAAUUAAAGCUUCAGUAGAUGGAUACGCACCAGGAUCAGGUGCUUUCGCUUUAACUGAAAAAGAAUUAAUCGAUCAAUUUUCUGAAGGUGAAGUUCAUGGUUCAAGACGAAAAGAAAUUGAAUCAAGAGUUAGAAAUGUUAUAGAGAGAAAAUGUAAAAAAGAUAAACAAGGUUAUUUGGAAUGGAAGUAG